GACUGUGGUCUCCCGGAAGAAGAGGCAUCUGGGGAGGCUGGCGCUGCUAUGGCGCUCAUCCUCUGCGCGCUGCGCGUCCUGCUCGGCGUCUUCUUCGUGCUCACCGGGGCUGCCAAGCUCUUGCAGGUGUCGGCCCCCGUGUCACAGCAAAUGAAGGCCUUGUUCGAGCAGUUUGCUGAGGUGUUUCCAUUGAAGUUGUUCGGCUAUCAGCCAGAUCCAAUAAACUACCAAACAGCAGUGGGCUGGCUGGAACUGCUGGCUGGGCUGCUGCUGGUCACGGGUCCACCUGUGCUACGAGAGCUCGGCAACCUGCUAUUGAUCCUGCUCAUGAUGGGGGCCAUCUUCACCUUGGUGGUUCUGAGGGAGUCGCUGAGGACGUACAUCCCAGCUGUCGUCUGUCUGGGACUCCUGCUGCUGUUGGACACCUUCCAGUUCUUAGCUCGGACUAAGGAAGUGGUUCCUCCUGGUGCACUCAGCAACCCUGGGACUUGAGUCUUCACGCCCCUCAGUU